AUGAGUCCGUCUCCAGCCACAGCCCUGCAGCUCAGCACCGUGCGAGGACCGGCCGAACUGCGCCUCCGGACCCGUGAAGCAUCCAAGUACUCCAGCCGCAGCAGGAGGAGGGGGCGGCUGCUCAGUUUCCUGGUCGGUCAGGCCAAGAUGGCCGUCUAUGUGAGCAGGAGGAGGAUGGUCCAGGACCAGGGCGAGAUCAGUCCCAGGGCUCUGCUGGUCCGGAUGGUCCAGGCCAGACUCAGGCUGGAGUUCGGUCUCUACAGGAUAAAUGGGGAUCAGGAGGGGUUUGAGGAGCGCUGGGGGUUCAGGGAGAGGGAGGUGAGGAAGCAACAGUCACAGUUUGUGGUGUGA